UAGAUCCUGUGAUUCCGGAGUUACACCUCGUGGAUUUUUGCCGAGAAGUUGCAUGUGCAGGAGUGACAGUGACAGAAGGAAAUGGGAUACCCGGGCAGAACAGUGAGGGGAUGGAGAGGAUGGAAAGGAUGGACGCUCCUGGUUUGGGUGGCCGCUGUCUGUUUGGUCUUAGCGGACGGACGGAGAGUAAGGCAGCCCAGAUGUCCCACUGGAUGUACCUGCACCAAAGAUAAUGCCCUGUGUGAGAGUGUCCGAUCUGUGCCUCACACUUUCCCCUCCGACGUUGUUUCACUAUCUUUUGUCAAGUCUGGAUUUAAUGAAAUCUCUGGAGGGAGCUUUGUUCAUACACCUGCCCUGCAACUGCUAUUGUUCACAGCAAAUUCAUUUGAUCUAAUAGAUGAGGAUGCGUUCCAAGGUUUACCACAUCUUGAAUAUCUAUUCAUUGAAAAUAACAGGAUUGCGUCAAUAUCCCCGUAUGCGUUUCGGGGCCUUAAAGCACUGAUACAUCUGAGUCUGGCAUACAACAACCUUGAGAUGCUGCCCAAAGAUGUUUUCAAGGGCAUGGACGCUUUGACCAAAGUGGAUCUGCGAGGAAACAACCUGGUAUGUGACUGCAAGCUCAAGUGGCUGGUGGAGUGGAUGCACCAUACCAACGCCACCCUGGACCAGAUCUACUGCAGCGGUCCACCCAUUCACCAAGGGAAGAAGAUCAAUGACCUGCUGCCACACUCUUUUGACUGCAUCACAGCAGAGUUUGCCUCCUAUCAGUCGCUGAAGUUUGAGUCUAUUUCGGUGGAGGCCUUCACCUUUGGCAAAGAUCAGUAUGUUGUGUUUGCCCAACCAUUUGCUGGGACAUGCAGUUUCCUGGAAUGGGAUCAUGUUGAGAUGACCUUCAGAACCUAUGACACCAUUGAAAGCACUUCCACUGUGGUCUGCAAGCCCAUGGUGAUUGACAACCACCUCUUUGUCAUCGUGGCCCAAUUGUUUGGUGGCUCUCACAUUUACAAACGUGACACCUCCGCCAACAAAUUCAUCAAAAUCCAGGACAUUGACAUCCUGAAGAUUCGCAAACCCAACGACAUAGAGACCUUCAUGGUCGACGGAGAGUCGUUCUUUGUCAUUGCUGACAGCUCUAAGGCCGGCUCCACAACGGUGUACAAAUGGAACGGCAAUGGGUUCUACUCCCAUCAGUCACUUCACCCGUGGUUCCGAGACACCGAUGUUGAAUAUUUGGAGAUUUCCGGCAAAGCCCACCUGAUCUUGUCCAGCAGCUCCCAGAGGCCAGUUGUGUACCAGUGGAACAGGAGCCAGAAACAGUUUGACCGCAGGACUGACAUACCAGAGAUGGAGGACGUCUUCUCCGUCAAACACUUUCGGGUCAAAGGUGACCUGUUUAUAUGCCUGACAAGAUUCAUCGGGGACUCCAAGGUGAUGCGCUGGGACGGUGCCAUGUUCAAAGAGGUCCAGACAUUUCCUUCCCGUGGCUCUAUGGUGUUCCAGCCCGUCUCCAUCGGCAACUGGCAGUAUGCCAUCCUGGGUAGCGAUUAUUCACUGACGCAGGUCUACCAAUGGGACACCAAGAGGGGCCAGUUUGUCCCAUCUCAGGAGCUGAAUAUCCAGUCGCCUCGGGCAUUUUCUCUGGUAUCUAUUGACGACCGGGUGUUCCUGCUUGCAUCCAGCUUCAAGGGAAAAACUCAGAUAUAUGAGCACCUCAUGAUAGAUCUGAGUAAUUAAACCACCUUUCAUUUUGGAUAAGCUAUAUCCACUUAUACCUUUGUUUCUUUGAUUUUGUUAAACUUUUGAACCCAUUAGAAUCCACCAGCAGUUUCCACAUAGAUUAAAAUGAAAGGAAGUUUCAAACGGAAGCUCAAAUGAUCUAAAAAUAUACUUUAAUACAAUUCAGUAACUUUUGGGUUAGGUUAAAUUGAAGUUAAGUGUUUGAAAUUGUUUAAUUGAGUUUAUUUUGAGACAUCUGACACU